GGGGAACUGGAAAAUCAUAACCCAAGAAGCUUGAUAAACACUCUCUGGUUUAAUACGACCACCCACUUUGGGAAACGUGGUGGAGGCACUGAACAUAGGCAAUUGAUGUGGGGAGAUAUUCAGCUGGGAAUAGAGGGCACUGAGGAAUUCUUGGAAUUCAAUGAGCGCCAAACAAACCCAGGACUGGUAGUGAUACAAAUAAUGUAUGCCGACAAAAACCCAGGAUGUAUGCCACUGGCACUGAAAGGUGCCCAGUGGUUACAUACAAACAGUACGCUGACCACAGACCCAUGAACCUUUCCGCUGAUGAUCAUCCAUUCUAUCUGGCAGUGGUUACCAACAAAGUCAAUCCUGCGGACCAUGAACAAUGGUUUGUGGCCGCGCCGAUUGGUCGUAAUAAGCUCGACAGCAUCAUGAAAACGAUGGCCGAACGAGCAGAACUUCCAGCAUUGAUGAACGGGAAGAGGCUGACAAACACGAGUGCAAGAAAGAGACUUUGCCAAAAACUCUUGCAAUCAAAUGUACCCGAUACUCAGGCUAUUUUAAUAACCGGUCACAAGAAUGAAGGAUAUCUCAACAAUUACAGAGUCCUGCCUAAUGACCAAAGACAGUCCAUUUCAAAUUAACUGACCACUUCAUCAGCUGAC